AUGCGCGUUUGUAGUCAGUCUACUAAUAUAGAAAGAAGCAAUUUUCUUUACUUACCUGAGCUAAAAAACGUCUCUUUUGCUCAGCGCUCUAUAUUUUCUUUCUUUUUGUCUGUCUGUUUUUCUUUCUUUCUUUCUUUCUUUCUUUUGCCCCAGACAAGUUGUUUGUUUAUUUUUUCUUUUCUUUUAAAGUACUUUGCAACGCCCCCCCCCUCUCUCUCUCUCUCUCUCUCUCUCAUCAUUGCUCGCAUUACUCACACUUGUUCUUUAUCUCCCCACCUACUUUACUCUUCAUACCUUUCUUUUUCAUUGCAUUUAUAUCUUUUUGUCACUUUAUCCGCCACACAUGAAUUCUUUUGUGCACCUCUGUGUCGAAAAAGAAAAAAAGAAAACAGUGAAGAUUAUCCUCAGAAAGAAAAGGAAUUUCUUUCUGAGGAUAAUUUUCACUGUUUUCUUUCUUCGUUUCUUCAAUACUUGCUCUUUCUUUCUCUCUUCUUUUUAUCUUUAUUUAUUUCUUCCUUCUUUUCUUGCUUUUUUUCUUCUUUUUUCUUUUUCUCACUUUAUUCCCUCCUUUCUUCAUUCUCUUGUUUCAUUCAUUCAUUCUUUCUCUCUCACUUCUUUUCCUUCUUUCUUUUUUCUUUCUCAAUUCCUUUCCUUUUUUUUCUUUCUCGCAUUUGUUCUUUUGCACUUCAUUCGCUUUUUUCUUUUACUUCUUUCAUCAUUUCAUUUUUCUCACUCCAUUUCCUUUUUUUCAUCUUCCUUCAUUCACGUCUUUCUUUCUUUCCCUCUUUCUUUCUUAUUUCAUUCCUUUCUUUCUUUCUCACCCAUUCAACUCCUUUGCGUCUCUCGCUUUUUCGCUUAUCAUUUCCUUCCCUCUUUCAGUCCCCUAUCUCUCCAACCCAUCCCAACUUCCUUGAAACUCUUGUCUCAUCCUUCCUCUUUCUUCUCUUCCCUUUCUUUUCCUCUCUUUCUUCUCCUCCUCCCCCUUCUUCUUCUUCUCCUCCUCCUCCCUUUCUUCUCCUCCCCCCUUCUUCUUCUUCUUCUCCUCCUCCUCCCUUUCUUCUCUCCCCUUCUUCUUCUUCUCCUCCUCCUCCCUUUCUUCUCCUCCCCUUCUUCUUCUCCUCCUCCCUUUCUUCUCCUCCCCCUUCUUCUUCUCCUCCUCCCUUUCUUCUCCUCCCCCUUCUUCUUCACUUCCCUUUCUUCUUCUCCUAUUCUCCUCCUCUCUUUUUUUCUCCUCCUCCUCUGUGCCAUUAA